AUGGCUGUACACCCUGUGCCAACAGCGCUGGCUCAGGUUGACCGCGAAAAGAUCUACCAGUGGAUCAACGAGCUGUCCAGCCCCGAGACACGGGAGAAUGCGCUGCUGGAGCUGAGCAAGAAGCGUGAGUCUGUGCCUGACCUUGCCCCGAUGCUCUGGCAUUCGUUUGGCACGAUCGCAGCGCUCCUUCAGGAAAUUGUAAAUAUUUAUCCAUCAAUCAACCCUCCGACUUUGACAGCCCAUCAGUCCAACAGAGUCUGCAAUGCUUUAGCUCUACUACAAUGUGUUGCAUCACAUCCUGAAACGAGGUCAGCUUUUCUGGCAGCUCAUAUCCCUCUCUUCCUGUACCCCUUCUUGCACACAGUUAGCAAGACGCGUCCGUUUGAGUACCUGCGGCUCACGAGCCUCGGAGUGAUUGGGGCCUUGGUGAAAACUGAUGAGCAAGAAGUGAUAAAUUUCUUAUUGACAACAGAAAUUAUCCCCCUGUGCUUACGCAUUAUGGAGUCUGGCAGUGAACUCUCCAAAACGGUUGCUACGUUUAUUCUUCAGAAAAUCCUCCUGGAUGACACAGGGCUGGCAUAUAUCUGUCAGACUUACGAGCGGUUUUCCCAUGUUGCCAUGAUACUGGGUAAAAUGGUCCUGCAGCUCUCCAAGGAGCCGUCGGCACGGCUGCUGAAGCAUGUCGUCCGCUGCUAUCUUCGCCUUUCCGAUAACCCCAGGGCACGUGAAGCUCUCAGGCAGUGCCUUCCUGACCAGCUGAAGGACACCACCUUUGCCCAGGUCCUGAAGGACGACACCACCACGAAGCGCUGGCUGGCUCAGCUCGUCAAGAACCUGCAAGAGGGUCAGGUCACUGACCCGCGGGGCAUCCCUCCUCCUCCGCAGUGACUGCUGGGGGAGGUGGGGGACCGGGGAAGAAACAGCUCAGGUUUACAAAGAACCAGGAACAGGUGACCUCUUCCACAACAAACGGGGCAUGCCAGCUGGCUGCCGGCCUGUCGGACCAUGCCACCCAGCCAAAGGGCUGCUCUGUAGCGAUGCAGCAUGCCUCCGGGGAUCGCAACACCAGCAAAUGCUGAUACUACAGCUU